GUAAAUAUUUUUCUCAACUAGUUGCACUAACACAUUCGUACGUAAAAAGGUCUAUAACAAUCGAUGUGGGCAAGUGUUAAGUGUAUUCCACGUACGUAGAUAUGAAAUGUUUCAUCUAUCAGCACAAAGAAAUAUCGCCAAAUACUUAUCUGACUUAAGGGCAUAAAACAACAAAAACAAUACUCCUGUAUAUGUGUAUGCGUGCGAAUUGAGGUAUAAGUUUCGCCGUAGCCAGGGAUUUCAUAAAAACGUGGACAGUUCACGGUGUCUAGUGCAGUGCUCUCAAUAUUAUUCACUGGUGUUUGAAAAAUAAAACAUUUUGUUUGAUUUACUCUUGUUGCAAUUAGUGCAAUCGUUAGAUAAUCACUGUAAAUUCACCGGCCUGAACUAAAUCACUUGGAUUACAAGAUGGAUAGCUCGCUGACUGCCAAGCAAAUUCGGAGCAUUUUCCUGGAUUUUUUCAAAGAAAAGAAACAUCUGUACGUUCAUUCGUCGUCGACAAUUCCGCUGGACGAUCCGACGUUGCUGUUCGCCAAUGCUGGAAUGAAUCAGUUCAAGCCAAUAUUUCUCGGAACGGCCGAUCCGAACAGUGAAAUGUCCAAGUGGGUGCGAACUGCCAACACUCAAAAGUGCAUCCGAGCUGGUGGUAAGCAUAAUGAUCUGGACGAUGUGGGAAAGGAUGUGUAUCAUCACACGUUUUUUGAGAUGCUGGGAAACUGGUCGUUUGGGGACUAUUUUAAGAAGGAGAUCUGUACUUGGGCCUGGGAGCUUUUGACGGAUCGAUUGAAGCUGCCAAAGGAGCGAUUGUACGUGACCUAUUUUGGUGGUCAUCCGGAAUCGGGACUGGAACCGGAUUUGGAGUGUCGGGAAAUUUGGCUUAAGCUGGGUAUUAAGGAGGAGCACAUUCUGCCGGGCAGCAUGAAGGAUAACUUUUGGGAAAUGGGUGAAACUGGACCCUGUGGGCCCUGCUCGGAAUUGCAUUUCGAUCGCAUCGGUGGUCGUAGUGUACCGGAGCUGGUUAAUAUGGAUGAUCCGGAUGUGCUGGAGAUUUGGAACUUGGUGUUUAUUCAGUACAACCGAGAAGCGGACGGGUCGUUGAAGUUACUACCGAAAAAGCACAUUGAUUGUGGAUUGGGAUUCGAGCGGUUGGUGUCGGUGAUUCAGAACAAGCGGUCGAACUAUGAUACCGAUGUGUUUGUUCCGCUGUUUGAUGCCAUUCAGAAGGGCACUGGAGCUAACGCUUACCAGGGCCGAGUCGGGGCGGAUGACUCUGAUGGUGUCGAUAUGGCCUACCGAGUGUUGGCUGAUCACGCUCGUACAAUAACAAUCGCUUUGGCUGACGGUGGCUUCCCGGAUAACACUGGACGUGGUUACGUGCUGAGAAGAAUUCUACGCCGUGCCGUUCGCUAUGGAACGGAAAAGUUGAAUGCUAAGCCCGGAUUUUUUGCCACUCUGGUGGACACGGUCGUUUCACUGCUUGGAGAUACUUUUCCAGAGGUCCGCAAAGAUCCUCAGCAUAUUAAAAAUAUUAUCAACGAAGAAGAGCAACAGUUCCUUAAGACGUUAACCCGCGGACGUAAUCUGUUGAACCGAACGAUUGCGAAACUGGGUGAAAGUAAAGUCAUUCCGGGUGAUGUCGCAUGGCGUUUGUACGAUACGUAUGGUUUUCCAAUCGAUUUAACUCAAUUGAUGGCCGAGGAGAAGAACAUGACGAUCGAUAUGGAGGGCUACGAAAAAGCUAAACAUCAGUCGUACAUUUUGUCCCAGGGUAAGGAAAAAUCGAAGGCAGCUACCGUUGAUUUGGAUGUGCACGCCAUUUCCGAGCUGCAAGAGAAGCAGAUUCCUACGACGGACGAUUCGUUCAAGUAUCGCUAUAAGGCUGACAGUAUUGAUCCAUUGGCGGAAUACCGGUUCGAAUCGUGCAACGGCAAAGUGCUUGCGCUGCGAUUCAAUAAUGCCUUUGUGGAUGAGGUGCAGGCCGGACAAGAAUGUGGAGUGAUUUUAGAUAAGACUAACUUUUAUGCUGAAAGUGGCGGUCAGAUCUACGAUCAGGGUUAUCUAGUUAAGGUUAACGACGAAAGCACGGAAUUCAACGUGAAUCUUGUGUACAACCGAGGAGGCUACAUUCUGCAUAUCGGCGUGGUUGAAGGUACGCUGCGCGUCGGUGAUGAAGUCGCUUGCCACAUGGACACUGUCAGACGCCAGUUGACGAUGAAAAAUCACUCCGCCACUCACGCUCUGAAUCACUCAUUGCUGAAGGUUCUUGGUCAGGACACCGAUCAACGUGGUUCACUGGUGGUGCCGGAAAAGCUGCGUUUUGAUUUCACCAAUAAAUCAGCUAUGACUAUCGAACAAGUUGCGGAAGCGGAACGUAUCACCCGGGAAGUGGUUAGGAAAAAUGUCCAAGUGUACGCUAAGGAGUCCAAGUUAGCCGUUGCUAAAACGAUCAAAGGCCUCAGAUCAGUUUUCGACGAGGUUUAUCCUGAUCCAGUUCGUGUUAUUUCGUUUGGCGUCCCAGUUGAUGACCUGGAGGCAAAUCCCGACGGUGUCGCUGGCACUGAAACUUCGGUAGAAUUUUGUGGUGGAACUCAUCUACAUCAGUCCGGUCACAUCGUUGAUUUUGUCAUUACCACUGAAGAGGCAAUCGCCAAAGGGAUUCGACGAAUUGUCGCCUUAACUGGGCCGGAAGCUUUGAAGGCUUUGAAAAAGACCGAACUUUUGGAACAAGAAUUGAAUGCUCUUAAGGCCACGAUUGAUGCCGACAAAACUGGUUCUGAAUCGAAGGAACACGUUAAAAAGAUAGUCGGGUUAAACGAAGACGUUUCGCAAGCCACUAUCCCGUACGUUAAAAAGGACGAAAUCCGGAAUGUACUUAAAACGUUGAAGAAAACAUUAGACGACAAAGAGCGUGCCGCCAGAGCCGCUGUCUCUACUACGGUCGUAGAGCAGGCCAAGGAACUUUCGUUAGCGAACAAGGACGCUUCUUUCCUGGUGCAUCGGUUGGAAGCCUUCAACAACACAAAGGCACUCGAUUCCGCUCUGAAGGAGGUGCGCAAAAUAAACGCCGAACAAUCGGCGCUCUUUGUUUCGUCCGAUCCAGAUUCCAAGAAAAUCUUCUGCCUAGCUUCGGUACCCAAGUCCGCCGUCGAGAAGGGUCUAAAGGCUAACGAGUGGAUUUCGCACAUCUCACCCAGUAUGGGUGGCAAAGGAGGUGGUAAAUCGGAAUCGGCCCAAGCUUCCGGUGGCAACUUCGACAAAGUGGAAGAAAUUUUGCAGCUGGCCCGUCAGUUUGCUGCCUCCAAGUUGUCCUAAGAGGGUUGUUCAAGGUGUGAUACCGAAAGUGCAUUUUAGAUUGUUUUUUAUUACAUACUCGGCACUACUGCUGCUCGGAAUAAUCACUGUUUUAAAAUUAUUCUUUCAUCAAUUAUGUUCGGCUUGAUAAAACAAUAUCGAUAUCGAAUGAAUAAAGCUUUCCUGGCGAAGACUGAAAAUUUUCUCAAUGCAACAGAAA